AUGCUGAGGUUCUCAUGCGGGGUGAGAGGACAGGGCGCGCAGGCAGAGAAGUGUGCGGUGAUGCCUGCAGAGUCGGGACAAGGCCGAGAAAAGGCUAGAGCAGCGGUUCUCAAGCUGUGGAUCGCAGCCUCCUUGGCGGGCCGCCUCCGACCAUCAGACAACACAGAUAUCCACAUCCCAAACUCUGACCCGUCGUGUGGGAACACUAGCAACCUCGCAGUGCUGUUGGGAAGCCCCCGCUGGGCGCAGCGCCCCGUGGUGGAGCGAUCAGGAAAUGCUCCAUCAACUUACCCCACAGCUGCUGCUCACAGGCCGCCUUUCUUCUCUGCAGGGACAGCGCCGCGGGAGCAGAAGAUGGGGACGGACCCUGCACUGCUCACCCGCAAUCAGACCCUUCCUGGCCCUGGGCCCUUUGUCCUGCUGGGUGUGCCAGGGCUUGAGGGCCUGCAUGCCUGGCUCUCUGUGCCCGUGUGCCUGCUGUAUCUGGCAUCUGUGGUUGGAAAUACCCUUCUCCUGGUGCUAGUGGCAGUUGACAAAACCCUCCAGGCUCCCAUGUACCAGCUUCUGGGGCUUCUGGCAGCUGCUGACUUGAUUCUGGCCACAUCCACAGUGCCGAAAGCCCUAGCCGUGCUCUGGGGCUUGUCAGAUGAAAUCUCCUUUGGGGGUUGUUUAGCCCAGCUCUUCGUUGCUCAUGUGGCCUUCAUUGCUGAGUCCUCGGUGCUGCUGGCCAUGGCAGUGGACCGCUACAUGGCCAUCUGCCAGCCUCUACGUUACGGGGCUUUGCUGAGCCAGCGUGUGGUAGGUAUGGUGGCUAUAGCAGCUGUGGCUCGUGGUGCCUGUGUCAUGGCUCCCCCUGUGGUCCUUCUCCAGAGACUCCCUUACUGUGGGCAUCGGGCCUUGCCUCACACUUACUGUGAGCAUAUGGGCGUGGCUCGUCUAGCGUGUGGCGACACACGCCCCAACAUCUGGUACGGACUGGCCACCACACUGCUCUCCCCAGUGCUGGACCUAGGGCUCAUAGGUGCUUCCUAUGCCCUCCUCCUCCGUGCUGUCUGCCGCCUGCCAUCCCACGGCGCCCGCCACAAGGCCUUGAGCACAUGCGGGGCCCACGCUGGGGUCAUUGCUCUCUUCUACACACCUGCCCUCUUUUCCUUCCUGGCUCACCGUUUCGGCCGCCACACAGUUCCCGGCCACAUCCACAUCCUCUUGGCAAAUCUCUACGUGGUAGUCCCUCCAGCCCUUAAUCCUGUGGUGUAUGGAGUGCGCACACAGCAGAUUGCCCAGAGGCUCAGGCACAUGCUUCAGAGAGUGAGAAGAGUGGGCACUGACAGUCAAGACAAACCACGGGCUUUGUCGGGGUGA